AGGGGGAGCCAGCUCUGGAGGAGGGGGAAAGGAGGCUGUGGGCGGCCGCCUCGCUCGCCCUCACUGCCGGCAGCCUCCGCUCCAGGCACCAUGUUCCCCGCGGGGUCACCCAGCCACGGCCUCCUCGGGCUCCCCCUGCUGCAGUUGCUUUUGCUGCUGGUGCAGGCCGUGGGGAGGGGGCUGGGCCGUGCCAGCCCGGCCGGGGGCCCCCUGGAAGACGUGGUCAUCGAGAGGUACCACAUCCCCAAGGCCUGUCCCCGGGAGGUGCAGAGAGGGGACUUUGUGCGCUACCACUACAACGGCACUUUUGAGGAUGGCAAGAAGUUCGACUCGAGCUAUGACCGCAGCACCUUGGUGGCCAUCGUGGUGGGGGUGGGCCGCCUCAUCACUGGCAUGGACCGAGGCCUCAUGGGCAUGUGUGUCAACGAGCGGCGCCGCCUCAUCGUGCCUCCCCACCUGGGCUACGGCAGCAUCGGCGUGGCGGGGCUCAUUCCCCCGGAUGCCACCCUCUACUUUGAUGUGGUCCUGCUGGAUGUGUGGAACAAGGCAGACACUGUGCAGGUGAGCACCUUGCUGCGCCCGCCCCACUGCCCCCGCAUGGUCCAGGACAGCGACUUUGUCCGUUACCAUUACAAUGGCACUCUGCUGGACGGCACCACCUUCGACACCAGCUACAGCAAGGGUGGCACUUAUGACACCUAUAUCGGCUCUGGUUGGCUGAUCAAGGGCAUGGACCAGGGGCUGCUGGGCAUGUGUCCUGGAGAAAGAAGGAAGAUUAUCAUCCCUCCAUUCCUGGCCUAUGGCGAGAAAGGCUAUGGGACUGUGAUCCCCCCGCAGGCCUCCCUGGUCUUUCACGUCCUCCUCAUCGACGUCCAUAACCCCAAGGACACCGUCCAGCUGGAGACGCUGGAGCUGCCCCCAGGCUGUGUCCGGAGAGCAGUGGCCGGGGACUUCAUGCGUUACCACUACAAUGGCUCGUUGAUGGAUGGCACUGUCUUUGAUUCCAGCUACUCCCGCAACCACACCUACAAUACCUAUAUCGGGCAGGGUUACAUCAUCCCCGGGAUGGACCAGGGGCUGCAGGGCGCGUGCAUAGGGGAGCGCCGGAGAAUCACCAUCCCCCCCCACCUCGCCUACGGGGAGAACGGAACUGGAGACAAGAUCCCUGGCUCCGCCGUGCUGAUCUUCAACGUCCACAUCAUUGACUUCCACAACCCCGCAGAUCCAGUGGAAAUCAAGACGGUGUCCCGGCCUCCUGAGGCCUGCAAUGAAACUGCCAAGCUGGGGGACUUUGUUCGAUACCACUACAACUGCUCCCUGCUGGACGGCACCAAGCUCUUCUCCUCCCAUGACUACGGGGAUCCCCAGGAGGCAACUCUGGGGGCCAACAAGGUGAUCGAAGGCCUGGACACAGGCCUGCAGGGCAUGUGCACAGGAGAGAGGCGGCAGCUCACCGUGCCCCCGCACCUGGCGCACGGGGAGAGUGGAGCCCGGGGAGUCCCUGGCAGUGCUGUGCUGCUGUUUGAGGUGGAACUGGUGUCCCGGGAGGACGGGCUGCCCACGGGCUACCUGUUUGUGUGGCACAAGGAGCCCCCUGCCAACCUGUUUGAACACAUGGACCUCAACAAGGAUGGAGAGGUCCCUCUGGAGGAGUUCUCCACCUUCAUCAAGGCUCAAGUGAGUGAGGGCAAAGGACGCCUCUUGCCUGGGCAGGAUCCUGAGAAAACCUUAGGGGACAUGUUCCAGAACCAGGACCGCAACAAAGAUGGCAAGAUCACGGUCGAGGAACUCAAGCUGAAGUCGGAUGAGGACCAGGAGAGGGUCCAUGAGGAGCUCUGAGGGGCGGGAAGCCUGGGCCUGG